CCCGUCGCCCCCCAGCCAUGCCCAACAUCGUGCUGUUCAGCGGCAGCUCCCACCACGACCUGUCCCAGCGGGUGGCCGACCGCCUGGGGCUGGAGCUGGGCAAGGUGGUCACCAAGAAGUUCAGCAACCAGGAGACCAGUGAUUAAGUGGCCAUCUCCUGCUCUUUCAGUGUAGAGAUUGGUGAAAGUGUGAGAGGAGAAGAUGUAUAUAUUAUCCAGAGUGGCUGUGGAGAAAUAAAUGACAACUUAAUGGAACUGCUCAUCAUGAUCAAUGCUUGCAAGAUUGCAUCAUCCUCCAGAGUGACUGCAGUAAUUCCAUGUUUUCCAUAUGCCAGGCAAGAUAAGAAAGACAAGAAGGGGGCCGUGGAGCGUUGGAGUCGUGCUCCAAUCUCUGCAAAACUUGUUGCCAACAUGCUGUCAGUUGCAGGGGCUGACCACAUCAUCACCAUGGACCUGCAUGCUUCUCAGAUCCAGGGUUUCUUUGACAUUCCAGUAGAUAACUUGUAUGCAGAACCUGCAGUGCUGCAGUGGAUUAAAGAAAACAUUUUGGAGUGGAAAAACUGUAUCAUAGUUUCCCCUGAUGCAGGUGGUGCAAAAAGGGUUACUUCAAUUGCUGACAGGCUGAAUGUGGAAUUUGCUCUCAUUCACAAGGAAAGAAAAAAGGCAAAUGAAGUGGACAGAAUGGUCUUGGUUGGUGACGUGAAAGACCGAGUAGCAAUUCUUGUUGAUGAUAUGGCUGACACGUGUGGCACAAUAUGUCAUGCAGCAGAUAAGUUGGUAUCUGCUGGAGCCACCAAAGUUUAUGCUAUUCUUACUCAUGGCAUCUUUUCUGGUCCUGCUAUUUCUCGGAUUAAUAAUGCAGCAUUUGAGGCUGUUGUGGUAACUAAUACAAUCCCCCAAGAAGAGAAAAUGAAACACUGCCCCAAAAUUCAGUUUAUUGACAUUUCCAUGAUCCUGGCUGAGGCAAUUCGAAGAACACACAAUGGUGAAUCUGUAUCUUACCUGUUCAGCCAUGUCCCCUUGUAAUUGCAGGAAAUUACACUGCACCUUUGUGACAGAGGUCCUGUCAACUAGCACUAUUGUUUUUAACAAUGCAUUUCAACCACAAGAAAUGACUAUAUUUUUAAAAUUUCAGAGCUUUUAUGUUUAAUUAUGAUAUUUGUUUUAUAAUUAUCAUUUAUUCUUUGUAAAUGGACAAUAAAUCUCCAUCUUGCAUAAACUUUUAAUGAA